UUGUCCGCCUUGACGCCGGUGCGUGAGUGGCCCUUUGAGCCCAGUCUCUAGCCGGAGAACAGGAGCAUCGCCCCGGCGGACGGUUGCGGCAGCCUUCUGGCUCGGAUACUUUAUCACUCUCUGGAUUUACACAUACGUCGCAGAAAGAAAAACAAUUCCCGGAAUGCCUUCGAAUAAAAACACCCAAGGAGGGAAAGCCUUCGGACUGUUGAAGGAGCAGCAGAGGCAAAGACUGGAGGAAGUAAACCAGGAAUACCUGGAAGACCAGAAAUAUAGGGAUGAAGAGGACCUGGCCGAAAAGUUGGAAAGUCUCAAAACCGGCGCAGCUGUCAGCAGUGCAAGUCGAUAAAUAUGCUGAGUUUGACCUGAAUGACCAAGGAGACAUUGAUCUGAUGGGGCUGAAGCGGAUGAUGGAGAAGCUGGGGGUGCCCAAGACCCACUUGGAGUUGAAAAAGAUGAUAGUGGAGGUGACGGGCGGCAGCAGCAACACGAUCAACUACAGGGACUUUGUCAAGAUGAUGCUGGGCAAGCGGUCAGCUGUGCUGAAACUAGUCCUGAUCUUUGAAGACAAAGCCAACGGCUCCGCCUGCAAGCCAGAUGGACCCCCUCCGAAGCGGGACAUUGCUAGCCUGCCUUAAGUGUAGCCGUCAGCCUCCGGACUGCCAGUGGAGCAGAGGGACCAUCGCCGGUUGCCUGGAUUUGAAACCGUUUUCCAUAACAUGUGGAGUGUUGUUUUAGUGUGGGACCAGUGAGUGAGGUUAUGAAGUUAUUUUGUGAAUAAACCGCUGUGCGCAAGGUGUCUGUUGUUUGGAAGACUGAGACCGCGACUCACUAAAAGAUUUUUGACUGUGAAUAUUAUUAUUCAUCCCCUUUUUCCUUAAUUGAAAUGUAGCAUUGAUUAGUCGUACAUGUAAUCCGCUUGAUAAAUUACAUUUUGUAGUGAGUGUUUCAUGGUUAUAUUUCAAGGGGAGACUGAAAAAUUCUCCAGAUGUGCCCCCCCCCCUCCCCUUUUCUUUGUUUCAUUGUUGGAACACUUUCAUUUUAACAAUGUGAGAGAAGGAUCCUUUCCGAGCAGCACAAGGCAAAGUAGCAGUUCUUCCGACAUAUUUUUGCACUGUCCUCAGUGGUCUUGAACGGAUUCCUGCCAAGCUAAUCUUAGUCAGCGUCUCGCUUUAGAUCAGGUGCCAGAGAUUACAGGCCCGGCCCAUUUCCUCUGGGACAAAGUCAUGGGCCCCUUCGAGCCAGAAUACUGAUCUGGAAUAUGGCCACCUCAUGAUCUGAAAAACAUUAUUUUUUUAGACGCGUGUUGAAUAUCGACUCAGUGAGUCAAGAGUUUGAGAUCACGCUUGGCCGUGGAACUUUCAGUGUCAGUAUGUGGCUCGAAGAACAGCAAAGUUGACUCACCUUGGGAUCUGUACGGUUAAGCACAUGUUAGAUUUGGAAGGAGUGUGAUUUACAGGCACACGAGCAGAACAAAUGUACAUAGUAUACGACACACAGUACAAUCAUAUUCUUUCCAAGUGCCUCAACAUGCAGAUACUGUAGAGCUUAAACACAGAUUGAGAAAGGAGGGAGUGGCACACAGGUGUUCAGUUCAAGCAGUCCUCUUAGAUCUUCGGUGUUCGAUGAGACGGUUUUAUCGAUAUUUGUUGAUGUGUGUUGAUGUUAUGGUGUUAAUUACGGUUUCCACAACAUUCUGAGUGAGUGAAAUACACAAGUGAUGGAUUUUUGUGUAGUGUCGGUUUGUUUUUUUCUUCAUCCCUUGUCAUUUUUAUGCCACUGCAUCGCUUAACCUGCUCAUUGGUUGAUUUAAAUCUUUAGGUCUAUAUUUGUCAUGCAAUUCAUGAACUGUGUUAUUCAUUUCACUUUGUUUUGGAUUCAUAUUUUGCCCCAUUUUUAUUUAAUUUUUUCCAACAGCCAGCCACCGUCUCUCUGUUGAACUGGGUUCAUUGUCCUGUGAAUUCUGUAAUUUGUGCCUCAGUGUUUGUCUCCACUUUACAUUUUUUCCCUCUGAACUCGCUUUAUUUACUGUGAAUUUGCUACUUGUCGUACUUUUAACACACAUAACAUGUUUUAACGUAUUUUUGGUAGUAGUUAACACCUUUUUAGUGUUGUUAAGGUGCACAUUGUUUGCAGACACCAAAGGAAUUAAAAUUCUUGUUACA